GCUCUUGUUUCCAAGAGUCGCGUCGUCACGUAUACGUAUCUCUCUUCAUUGCUAAUAUUAUUCCAUGUUCAUCAUUCAAAACACACCGGUGGGAAAACCGUCACAUGCAUGGGUUGUCAACAAUUGUUUCGAGCAUUCUUGAAAUUAAAAAAUAGCAGCAGUUGAAAAUCGAAGAGAAUUAUUAAUAUUUCAAAUUGGAUCUCGAAAAAAUGAGCAGCGUCGGUGAAUCCUGUCAUAUUUCCGAUAUUUCGGACAUAUCGCGGAUCUCUCUUUCGAGUGCCAUUCGUCCGUUGGGAAAAAUGGAUUCAGCUCUGAACAUUUCAGAAUGCCAGGCUUCGAGUUCAAUACGUGAGCCGUUGAACAGGCUAACAGUGAGUAGCGCAAUCGAAAAAACUUCAAAAAUCUCUCGAAUUGUUAAACUAAUCGAUUCCUGCGCUAAUUCGACGAGCAAUUACGCGAAAUUGACAUUGCUCAGGGAUUGCCUGCACAAAUUAUCGGAAACGGAUGAAGCAGACUCCCAAAAUAUCAUGUCAAAAUUGAAAAAUAUUUUAGCCACUCAUGAGGCAUGCAAAUACUUGCAAUUGCCCAAAAAAGAUAAACAGGAAUUGACUCUUUUGGGAAUCACUGAUUUACCUGAAACUCAAAUAACUACCUUGGAAAAACGGGAUAUUCAAAAUCGGCUCGAAUAUCUAUUCUUCGCCAAAUUGAACCAAUUUAUUGAUAAUUACGAGAAAUGGGGAGGAAAUCUCAGUGAAAUUUCAAAAUCAGUUGACUCAGCUAUGAAAAACAGUUUCCUGGAGAGUAAUGAAAGUGAUUUGAUGCGUUGGAAUGAUCCAACCAGCGAAAUUUGCACAGAGUAUUACCGUGACCUUUUAACUUGCGCAGAUCUUUUGUAUCAAUGGCGUCGCUUGAAAUAUAUUGAAACACAAGAAUUGAACAUGAAGAAUGCGGAAAAUCUUUUGCUCCAGGCCCAGAUUGCUGAGGCUGAGGCAAAAAUUUCAUGGAAAAGUUGCGCCACACGUUUGUUCAAUGAAACACCCAAAACGAUUGAGGCUUUUACUAUUCUUAGCGAAAAUCUCGACUCCCACAUUUUCAAGCUUCGUCAAGAUAUUCAGAAAAAAGAAAUGUCGAAAAUUUCCUAUUCCGACGUUGCCAGCAACGAAUAUGAUAAACUUUUGAAAAAGUACACAGAGAUUUGUAAGGCUAUUAAAAAAAAGGAACAGUUGUUGGAAUAUCUUUGAAAGUAUGGAU